CAUCGUGAUGAUGAAGAACCGCAGAUCCAUCACCGUGGAUCAGCACGUGGGGAACAUCUUCAUGUUCAGUAAAGUGGCCAAUGCGAUCCUCUUCUUCCGGCUGGAUGUGCGGAUGGGGCUGCUCUACCUGACGCUGUGCAUAGUGUUCCUGAUGACCUGCAAGCCGCCCCUGUACCUGGGACCAGAGUAUAUCAAGUACUUCAGCGAUAAAACCAUCGAUGAGGAGUUGGAGCGGGACAGGCGGGUGACCUGGAUCAUAGAGUUCUUUGCCAACUGGUCCAACGAGUGCCAGUCCUUUGCGCCCAUCUACGCCGACUUGUCUCUCAAGUACAAAGUGAGCACCUCGCCCCUCACCAAGCAGCUGCCCACCCUGAUCCUCUUCCAGGGCGGGAAGGAGGUGAUGCGCCGGCCACAGAUCGACAAGAAGGGCCGGGCCGUCUCCUGGACUUUCUCUGAGGAGAACGUGAUCCGGGAAUUCAGCCUGAAUGAGCUGUACCAGAAGGCCAAGAAGCUGAUGAAGCAGCGAGACGAGGGGCCUGAGGAGCCGCUGGAGCAGCAGGAUCCCCUGGUGGCCAACGCGGAGCUCCCCAACGGCGAGAGCAAGAAGGACAAAUAGACCUACCUCGCUCCCUGUAGCUGCCCCCUCCACCCUCCCCCGUCAGCUGUGCUGUGGGGCCCAGCACAGCCCGUCUCAAAGACUGAGGAGAGCUGCAUGAGGGAGUCGCCCCUCCCCUAGGGGUCAGGGACUGCUGGGCAUCGUCUUAUUUAUUCCUGGUCCUCUCUGGCCAGUGUGGUGAUGCUCUGACCUGCCCCUGCAGGAGCAGAAGGGCCAAUAGACCUCGAGAAGUGGAUGCAAGCUGCUGAUUGGCCCCCCCCCGCCUCCCUGCCAACCCAUAAGCAGGGACUGGGGGGGUAAAAUUCUCCUAGGGCUUUGGAGCAGCUGGGUAUGAAGGUGCGGCCCCUCCAAGUUGAGUGGAACCAGUGGGGGUGGGGGGCAUGUGUUGAUUUGGCCUGAGCCAGAUUGGAGGGUUGGGGGAAAGGAGGGGUAUUGCUGAUGGACCCAACCACUUCUGGCUAGAAGUUUCCUGGCUGGAAGGUGAGGGAAGGGGCUGCUAGGGGCUCCCCUCGCCAUACCUGGGCAAUUCUCUGUGGUGCCCAUAUGUGUGGGCUGUGAGUCAGGUCCCUGUUGGGCCUGUCCUCCCCCAGGCCUUGCAGGGGGUGGGAGCGGAAGGCCUGACCUGUUGGCAGACCUAGCUCCUGGAGAGCCGGCCUAUGCAGAGGGCUGGAGGGCAUGUGCUGCUCUGGGGGCAGGGGCAGAGCAGCUGAACAAUGGAACACGCUCCUGCCAGCCAGAGGAUGCUGGGGACUGAACUCUGCUGCUCUGGAGGACUCCUAGGCAAGCACCUGCUUUCUGCCCCUUCCCCACUGAAGAGCCAAGCCACUACUAGGACUGCCCCUUCCUGUUGGUGCCAAAAGGCCGCUUGGGGGACAAGGAGGGCAGGUGGUGGCAGGCUGAGGGCAGGGCCUGAGCGCCCUGUGAGCUGGAGGGAGGGGCUGGCUCCAUUUUGUGGCUGCCGUUGCCUGGGGCACCAGCUCUCCUGAAUCAGAACACAGGGCUCUUCAGAAUGGGAUGCAGUAGCCCCUGUAGGGCCAGGCUAGAGUGUAGGGCAAACGCUCCCUCUGUGUGUUAAUCAUCACUUCCCUCGCAAGGCAUGUCUGUAAUAAAACAAGCUACGGAUGAACCCUC